UUAUUUGAUUAUACGUUUCCGCUUUGCUUCGUGCCGCGUGUGGUCUCGGCGAUAGCAAUUCCGAUUCCUCGAGGCAAGGCUGCCCUUUUCCCGCACCCCAACCGCACGUUGCUGUUUCCUCCAUCCUCUCUUGGCAGAUAAUAAAGAGGGAUUAGAGAUUGGAUCGAUCGAUCGGUAUCGAAUGGGUGAGUCGGGUAUGGAUAGGCUUCCCGAGGGCUGCGUCGCCCACGCCAUCGCCCUCACCUCCCCCCGCGACGUCUGCCGCUUCUCCGCCGUCUCCUCCGCCUUCCGCUCCGCCGCCGCCUACGACACCGUCUGGGACCGCUUCCUCCCCUCCGAUUACCGCUCCAUCCUCUCCCGCGCCGUCCGCCCCGUGGUAUGCUCCUCCAAGCGCGACCUCUUCUUCCGCCUCUGCGAUUCCCUCCUCAUCGACGCCGGCAAGAUGAGCUUCUGGUUGGAGAGGUCGAGUGGGGCCAAGUGCUACAUGCUCUCCGCCCGAUCGCUGUCCAUUACGUGGGGAGACACGCCCCAGUACUGGAGGUGGGUUCCUCUGUCCGACUGCAGGUUCUCGGAGGCCGCCGAACUGGUAAACGUGUGCUGGCUGGAGAUCCGUGGCAAGAUCCAAAGUCGCAUGCUUUCUGGGCGGAGGACGUACGCUGCCUAUCUCAUCUUCAGACUAGCGGACUGGUCGCGUGGUCUCGGCCACCCACCCCAAGAAGCAUCCGUCACGAUGGGGGUGCAGCAUUCAUCCACCCACGUGGUCCGUCUUCAGCCAAAUGAUUCGCCAUCUCGUGUACGCGCUCGGAGGAACAGGAUCCGGUUCGGGCCUUUAUUGAGGUGGGGCGCGAUGAUGCUGGAGAUUGCAGCGGACCAGGAAGCGGCGGCGGAGGUUGGGGACGCAAGGGACGACGGGUGGAUGGAGGCGGAACUGGGGGAGUUCUACAUCGAUGAGGGAGAGGACGGGGAGGUGGAGAUGAGUUUGAUGGAAGUGAGGGGAGGGCACUGGAAGAAGGGUCUCAUCAUCCAGGGAAUCGAGAUCAGGCCCAAGGCCUAGCCGCACAGGCGCCCCCCAAGGGCAUGUGAUUCGGGCAUUCCUCGAAUCGCACCAAUACUACGCGAUAGAUAUCUCCCUGUUGCUUCUUUUCCUUUUGGUGAUCGAGUGAUACGGAGAGAGAGUGUGUGUGUUUUGUUUUGUUUGGCAAAUGCAAGUGCAUCUCUUUCUUGUACGCUGUUUCUAGCAGCUUGUACGUACGUUGUGGAAGCUUCUGGUGUUCUCUUAAAAGACGAGAGAUGAAAUUAGCGAUAGGAAAUUACUGGUGUUGGAGAAUCAUCAGUGAAUCAAGCAAUAAAUGAUUUGAGAAUAGCGAUUACAGUA